AUGGGUGUAUUCGAAGUUAAAAUAAUAGAAAUAAGAAAUCUAACAGUUAAAAAUGGUAAUGGUAAUAGUCCAAAAAAUAUUAAAUUAAAGAUUGGUAAUGGUAGAAUUGGUAAUUGGGUUAAAACCAAUUCUAAAGCAUUCCAUUCAAAUGGAUCCAUACCAGUUAAUUGUCAGGUUUCUUUAAAAUAUAAAUCAAAAUACCCAAAUUUAAUCAUUAAAAUUAUAGAGGAAGGUUUUUUAGGGGAGGUGAUGGGCGAAUGCAAAUUAGAUAUUUCAAAUUUAUAUUACCAAUCAAUUCAUUCAAAUAUUGAAAUACCUUCAAGUUAUUACCUAUGUAUACCGGUUGUACCUACUUUUGGUUUAAUUCCAGUAUAUAGUUAUAAUAAUUACUUAGUACCUAGUUGUAAUUUAAUACAAAUUCAAAAUAAUCAACAACCAUUAAAUAGUAAUACAAAUAAUAAUAACAUUCAUAAUAAUAGUAAUAAUAAUACUUCUUUUGUUCAAACAUUAGAUAAUAUUACAACUAGAUCAUUAUCAAAAGAAGAGUUUAAUAGCUUUCAAAUUUUAAAUAAUAAUAACAACAAUAGUAUUAGUCCAAAUAUUUACUAUGGAGAAAUUCAUUUAACCAUUGGCUUUAAGAGAAAAUCAAACUUAUAUUCCGAUUUAUCCUUUGAAACAUUAGAACAAUAUACAGCUAAUAAUAACAAUUAUAGCAAUAAUAAUAGUAAUAUUUUUGAACCAAUGGAAGUCGAUAGUGUAUUACCAUUACCACAAAAUACAACAGUAACAUCAACAGAAAACCAACCAAAAAGAAAAAAUUCAUUAAUUAGAAAUUCACAAAAAAUAAAAGAUGUAAUAAAAUCAAUUAAAAAUUCAAAUAUAUCAAUAAUAAAUAAUAAUAUAAAUCCAUUUUUAAACAGUACCAGUAAUUGUAACAAUAAUAUUAAUAACAAUAAUAAUAAUAGUAAUAAUAUAAAUAAUAAUAAUAAUUUUUCAAAUAUUAAAUUACCAAAUAGCCCUCCAUUAUUAUCACCUUUAUUAUUAUCAUCAGUCGAAAAUGAUAGUAAAGAAAAUUAUUAUUUUUAUGACAAUCAAGAGCAAUAUAAUCAAGAUCACAAUAAUAAACAACAACAAAAUAAAUGUAUAAAGGAAGAAUCAAAAUUAUAUAAUGAAUUUAAUAAUUUUUUAAUAAAAGAAUAUUAUAAAAAUAUAAAUAAUAAAUCACUUGUUGAUAAAUUAAAUUUGGUAGUAGUAGAAAGUAUUGGCUUUGGUGAUAAUGGAGAUUUAGCAACACCCAUUACUAUUGGUUGUAAAAUUAAAAUAGGGUUACAAGAUUGCAAAAAAGAAACAGUAUUAAAGAGUUCCAAUCAGCUUUAUUGGAAGCAGUAUUUCGAAAUACCAUUGUCAAGUUCGACUCAAAGAUUCUCUCUAAAUACCCAGAAUUUAGUAUUCUAUUUCCAAGACUUUUCUUCAGAGCAAAACCUCGUCAUUGCCGAGUCCCAAGAGUUAGAUUUGUUUCAAUUAGAAAGAGAUAAAAUUUUAGAGCUUUGGUUACCUGUAAAUAUUAAUGACCAAAGAUUCACCAGUUCCACAAGUAAAGAUGCUAAAAUUCAUAUUCUUUUAAAAUAUGAAACUGCCUAUCUCAAUGCCGAGGAAGUUUCAGAACUAUUGUUUUUAUCGCUGUGCUCAAAAGACAAAUAUUUACUAGAUUCAUUGUUGCGUAUGAACACUUUAAACCUAAAUCAAACAUUCAAGGAAAAGAACUCUGACUUUGAAAACCCAACAAUUUUAACCAAGGCUUGUAAACAAGGAAACUACAAGGUGGCUAAACAAAUUUUAGAAUUGGGUGCCUCUGUGAAUACUCCAGACUCUGAAGGUUUUACACCAAUAAUGAAGUGCGUUCAAUAUGAUGGUGUAUUACAACCAAUUUCAAAUAGUUUCCCAAUCAUAAGAUUAUUAUUAGAUUAUGGAGCCGAUCCAAGAAUCAAAAGUAAAAAUGGUGACACAUUACUUAGUUUAUGUAAUAGUUGGAGAAUGAGAGAGUUCCUACAAACUACAAUCGAAAAUCAAUUCUAUCAAAUUAAAUACAACCAUUGUUCCAAGUGUCAGUUUAUAGAAUUCCCAAUAUGUUUUGAAAAAAUGGUGAAAACUCUUAGAUCUGGUAAUUGCCGUUGUAAACCAACUCAUUUCUGUAUCAAUUGUAACAAUCCAUUAAAAGAGGGAGAGGAAAAGCUGGGUUUUGUUUCACAGUUUGAAUUAUCAUUAGUUUUCGACCAACAGCAACUACAAAUGCAUAACAAAUAUCAACAGCAAAAGAGUCAAGCAUCAUCAUUUGAUUAUUGGAAAUUAACAAAUUCAUAUAUUCAGCACUGCCCAAUUUGCAAAUCAUUUGGUUUUAACGCUAUUGGUUUUGAUUCUUUCGUUUGUAAUAUAAAUAAUAAUAAUGGUUCAUAUUGCUUUGAAGAGUUUAAACACCGCCCUAUUCAAGAUCAUGCUUUAUUACAUUUGGCUAAUUGCACCAUUCCAGAUUUAAAAUUUUCAAAAGUACUAUACAACUCUAUUCAAAUAGAUAAUCUAUUGUAUUAUUUAUCAAAGAAAUCAAUUUUCAAUCAAUAUAGCAAUUUCAAAUCUUCAUAUAAUAAUAAUUACACUCUUAGUAAUAGUAGUAAUAAUAAUUUUGGUUGUAAUUAUUCAUCAGCUUUAAAUAGUAUCAACAAUGACAAUAUAUCAAUUAAUAAUUUACCACAAGAGAUAGUUCAAUAUAUAAUUAGCCAAUUAAAUGAUUUCAAUGAUAUUAAAAAUUGUAGUUUGGUAUCUUUCAAUUGGUAUAUAAUUUGCUCUGAUCAAAUAUUUUGGAAAUUAAAAGUUUCUAAAUCAUUUGGAAAAGAUUUAUUGCUCUAUAAUAAUAUUCAUAUUUUAUUAAAAGAUUAUAAUAGUAUGGAUGAUUGUGGCGACAAUCAAUUAAAAAUUAAAAAUAACAAUAACAAUAAUAAUAUUAGAAAUGAAAUAACUUUAAAAAACCAUUACUAUAAAAAAUUAUGGUUACACAUUAAUAUUCUUUCUCGAUGGGUUAGAAAUUUAUUAUUAGAAGAAUCAUUUAAACCAAGAUUUACAAUGAAGGUUAUCCCAAAUACCUGUAGUCUAUUAGUAGAGCUAACUUUAACCGCAACAAAAUAUCUCUUUAACAAGGAUGGUGUCUCUUUCAAUUUCGAUAAUAAAUUUAAAUUAUUAUUAGAAUUCUCAAAACAACAAUCAAUAGAAAGUAUUAAAAUAGAAGCAUUGGACCAAACCCCAUCUAUAAUACAUGACCUUUGUAACUUAUUGCAAAUCCCAACCAAUUUAAAAGUCUCAAUGGAAGAAUUGGAAAAUCAUAAUGGUACCGUUUCAUUAUUUUUAACGUUACAAACCAAAGCAAUUAAAAAAUGGAUCAAUUCAUAUCUCAGCCAUGCUAUACCAGGUCUUCAUUCAUUUUUAAUGAUAAGAGAUGAUGUAGGAGGAAGUAUUAUAUUAGAUUUUUACUAUUAUGAUAUUGAAAAUUUAGUUUUAAAUCCACCUCCACAAGAAAAACAAAAUAUUAAUAAUAGAACAAAUAGUUCAUUAUUAAAUAAUGUCGAAAAUCAAAUAAAUUUAAUAAAUUUAAGUUAAAUUUAAAUAAUUAUUUAUUUAUUAUUU